UUUUUCCACUUUGUUUUACUGGUCAAAUAUUUCUCUGUGCGAAACCCAGCCCCAUCUCUCCUCUAUCACAGAGUCGCUUGACUCAGUUGGUUAGCCGCACAUCAUAAAAAAAAAAACCCUUUCCGUUUUCCCUCAUCUACUCCACUCAGCCACACCAUGUCUCCUUCCACAACUUUCCACCACCAUUGCGCCACCGUUUACUCCUAGACCAACGCCGUUCCACCACCCUUGCGCCACCUCCGUUCCACCACCCUUGCGCCACCUCCGUUCCACAGAUUAAACUAAGUUGUUGAUGGAUGGAUUCAAACCAGCAAUAUUAGAUAAUGGAAUGGCAUCUAUUUGUGUAGGUUCUUCUUAUCAACAUUUUUGUUUUAUCUCUUAAAAUGAAACCACAAACCAAUGGCUCUAGGGUUCAUAAGCCAAAUCAUACUCCAGUUCAAGGACCUACCUGGCUUAUUAUUGCUGCUGGUGCUUUCUUGACUACAUUGUCUAUUCGCCUCGGUUACAAAUUGAAGCAGGCAGUUGACUCAAACUCCCCCACCCACAAUGUAACUACUAUCCUCAAAGGUAAUGGAAAAUCCUCCAACCUAAGGAAACCUCCAGAUUGCUUUAUGCAGCCCAAUGGACAUUCCCAAAUGCAAGAUAAUCAUGGCUGCUUCACUUGCAAUCCAGGAACUGGAGGUUCUAUGGAACUAAAGUGCCCACAAAAUCAACAGAUGUUGAGUGAAUUCAAUGGGGCCCUCCCUUUGGUGACUGUCCCUCCUGCUGAGUUUAGCAAGGAAAAUAGUGUUGUCUGGGCUUGCUCCCCUGAUCGUCUUGAAUUGCCUUCAAAGCCAUUCCAUCUUUCAAACUGCUCAGAUUCACCAUGCGUAUCAGAAUCUGGUUCGGAUAUUUUCAGCAAGCGGGAAGUUAUACAGAAACUGCGGCAACAGUUGAAGAGAAGAGACGAUAUGAUACUAGAGAUGCAAGAUCAAAUGGCUGAAUUGCAAAAUUCACUCAAUGCUCAGCUGGGGCUUUCUUCUCAUUUACAAUUGCAGGUUGAAGCUGCAAACAGGGACCUAUUCGACUCAGAGAGAGAGAUCCAACAGCUAAGGAAAGCAAUUGCAGAUCACUGUGUUGGAUAUGUUCCUCAUGACAAAUCUCCCACAGGCACAACUUGGUCUGCUGAGACUAGAAAUGGGCAUCUUGAUGGGGAUAUUCAUUUGGACCUCUCUGACAAAACAAGGGAUGAGGAGGAGCGAAUUGAGAUGCUGAAAAGGCAAGUGGGAGAAUUGAAAGAGGCGAUAGAAGGAAAGGAAUACUUGCUCCAGAGCUACAAGGAGCAAAAGGCCGAACUCUCUCUGAAGGUCAAAGAAUUGCAGCAGAGAUUGGAUUCUCAGCUGCCUAAUAUUUUGUAGGGCAUGUGAAUACUUUUCAUUUACAGCGUCUUCCGUCAUUCUUUAUUUUCUCAUUGUAAUUAGCUCAACUUUGAUUGUUUGAUAUAAUUCAAAGUUUGUGCAGUAUGGUGAACCUGA